CCGGGCUGUGAGAGGUUGGUGGAUCUGGAGUCAACGAAGCAAAUCUUAUUGAGCUCGGGUCUGAGGAGCCAAUGGGCUCGCGGCAUCGAGAGGGAGGGACUUCCGGCCGCGAAAUCAAGCUUCGAGAGUAUAAGGUGGUGGGGCGCUGCCUGCCGACCCCCAAAUGCCGUACGCCGCCCCUCUAUCGCAUGAGGAUUUUUGCGCCUAAUCAUGUUGUUGCCAAGUCCCGCUUCUGGUACUUUGUGUCUCAGUUGAAGAAGAUGAAGAAGUCCUCAGGGGAAAUCGUCUACUGUGGACAGGUGUUCGAGAAAUCUCCCCUGCGAGUGAAGAACUUCGGCAUCUGGCUACGCUAUGACUCCCGCAGUGGCACGCACAACAUGUACCGGGAGUACCGGGACCUGACCACCGCCGGCGCUGUCACCCAGUGCUACCGAGACAUGGGUGCCCGGCACCGAGCCCGGGCCCACUCAAUCCAGAUCAUGAAGGUGGAGGAGAUCGCAGCCAGCAAGUGCCGCCGACCAGCAGUCAAGCAGUUCCACGACUCCAAGAUCAAGUUCCCACUGCCCCACCGCGUCCUCCGUCGCCAGCACAAGCCACGCUUCACCACCAAGAGGCCCAACACCUUCUUUUAGGUGCAGGCCCUCUGUCCCCGGGUCUGCCCAAAUAAAACUUAAUGGGAAAACCGAGUGCCCA